AUGGAGUCUCAUAGUGGCGAGGUUCAAGAGUUGCCACGUCCAACUCCACCACCUCCUCCUCACAACACGGGCGAUAAUGAGCCUCUUACAACUGAGGAGACAAAGAAGCACUACCACAAGGGGUGCCCCGGGUGUCAGCUGGAAGAGGCGAAUCAGAUCAGAACAGGCAUCCCCUACCUCAACUUCUUCUACAUCUGGAUCAUCGGCCUCACCUCCACUCUGCCGAUCCAAUCAUUGUUCCCUUAUCAAUACUUCAUGAUCAGGGACAUGAAUAUUGCAAAGCGGGAGGAAGACAUCGGGUUCUAUGCUGGAUUUGUUGGGGCAUCUUAUUUCUCAGGUAGAACCUUUAGUUCUGUGCCUUGGGGCAUAUUUGCUGACAAGUAUGGAAGGAAGCCCUGCAUCGUGAUUAGCAUCCUCUCAGUGAUUGUUUUCAACACAUUAUUUGGUCUUAGCACAAGAUACUGGAUGGUAAUUGUAACUAGGGGAUUGCUUGGGACGUUUUGUGGUAUAUUGGGACCAAUCAAGGCCUAUGCUACAGAAGUCUGCAGGAAAGAGCACCAAGCUCUAGGAAUGUCUCUUGUUACAUCAUCACGAGCGAUAGCUUUUGUUGUUGGACCAGCUAUUGGAGGGUUUCUUGCACAGCCUGCAGAAAAGUACCCACAUAUUUUCUCCAAAGAAUCCAUAUUUGGGAGGUUUCCAUACUUCCUCCCAAAUUUUACCAUAUCGAUACUAGCAAUGGGAUCGUGCAUCGCAUGCAUUUGGCUUCCUGAAACACUACACUUUCACAAUGAUGGAAAGGUAGGAGGUGCUGAUGAAGAGGAGGCACAAAUUUCUGAGGAAGUGGAAGCACAAAACCUGCUAAAGAACUGGCAAUUUAUGUCAUCAGUAAUCAUCUACUGUGUGUUUUCUCUCCAUGAUGUAGCUUACCUUGAGUCAUUUUCACUCUGGGCUGUGAGCAAAAGGAAAUUUAAGGGCCUAAGUUUGACAACCCAAGAUGUGGGUAUUGUACUAGCCAUCUCAGGUAUUGGUCUUCUGGUAUAUCAAUUUGUUGUUUAUCCUUUCAUUGCCAAAUAUUUUGGACCAAUCAGGCCAUUACGUCCUGCUGCGAUCUUGUCCAUACUUCUCCUCACAACGUAUCCCUUCAUGGACAACUUAAAAGGGUCAGAGCUCAAAGUACUAAUCAGCAUAGCUUCAAUUUUGAAGAAUAUAUUCUCAGCUACAAUUACUACUGCAUGCAACAUUCUACAAAACACAGCAGUGACACAGAAACAAAGAGGUGCUGCAAAUGGCAUCUCCGUGACUCUGAUGUCAUUUUUCAAAGCAGUGGCUCCAGCAGGAGCAGGAAUUUUGUUUUCAUGGACUCAAAAGCAUGUGACUGGGUUGUUCUUACCAGGUGACCAGAUCCUAUUUCUAGUGAUAAGCAUGGUUGCAGUAAUAGGGCUAAUUCUGACAUUCAAGCCAUUUUUCUCCAUGUCAAAUGCGUUGAGCCGUUCAUAA